AUGGACGCCCCGCAGCCCAUGGACGACGACCGAGUCUUCUUCAUGCUCAACGGCGCCAACGACGGUGUCUACGUCUCGUGGAACGGCCAGUUCGAGUGCGUGGGUCAGGCGGCCGAGGUGGCUGCGGCGUGGCUCGGCGCUGACCGCGACGUCAUGGCGAACGGUGUGCGUCUGUACAGUCAGAUGGGUCAGCCCGUUCGCAACUUACAGGAGCUGAAAGAGACAAAGAACAUCGUGCAUGUGCUGCUGGACUUCCAGUUGUGGCAGUGGCCGGGUAUCAAGAAGGGGUACAAGUACGUGCUGGAGGACGGCGUGACGUUGACGACUGUGGGUAUUAGCCCCAAGGUGCUCGAUGUCGAGUACUUCUUGACGCAGGAGGAGGCUGAUAAAAUUAUCGAACUUGGCUCACCGCACCUCGAUCGGUCCAAAGUGGACAGCAGCAACUCGUCCAAGGUGGUGACCAAGUCCCGGACGAGCCAUACGGCGUUCCUGCCAGACAACUUCUUCACGAGAGAAUUCCGUGUGCGGUCGGCGCGUGUAGCUCGACUGUCAAGCCCUUCGUUCGCGGAGCGACUCCAGCUCGUGCGAUACAAUGCAGGGGAAUUCUACCGCAAACAUUUGGACACGUUUGCGUCGCGACAGUUCUUACCAAAGGGGGCGGAGCACAAGUAUGGCUUGGAUGCGUACAAACAAUGGGCUAACUGGGCUGCGGACAAGAUCCGCGAGCUGAGUGUUCAGCGCGAUAUCCCCGCAGACUUCCGUGAAGGCGGGCCGCUUUUCCCGAGCGCCGAAGACAACCAACGCUUUCCAAACGCAUUGGCCAAGCUAUUCUACUCUGCCGCCAACGCUAGCAACUUCUUCAAGGCUUUUGGGGACGAGGCGUGGCUUACCUGGCUGGAUGAAAACGUGAACAACAACGCGCUGGGAGUCAUGGACAGCCUCCUCGCCGCUGACAAGAAACCCGAAUAUCUUCCGCUGCUCGUCAAGACCUGGGAGAAGGCUUUAGGGAUUCCAGAGCUGCACUACACCUUUCCGAAGCCUGAAAUGAACUCGGUGUCCCAUUUCUUCUCGUGGGUGCGUUGGGCUAAGGAGAGGAUUGAGUUCUUAGGCGACGAAGUUCCCGCCGCCGCCCGUCCAACGGGAGACCUGUAUCCGAUGUACACGGUUGCGUUCCAAGAGCAGUUGCUGGAGCUUGUCCUCGACGACCACACACCUGGACUAGUCACGCGCAUCACCAACGCUGAAUGGUAUAGCUGGAUGGUCGAGCAUCGCGGCGAGAACCACGUUCUGUUCAAGGGACUGAAGACGUUUCCGCAGCUUGCCGAGUUGGUGAUCAAGACUUGGGAAGCUCGCGUCCGCGCACCUCCGCAAUUGCGCUACUCGCUGCCUUCGUACGUGAAGCACUUCCAUCCGCAGCGCUACGUGACGUUGUUCCUGUACCUGAACAACCAGACCAAGGUUGGCGGCGAGACUGUUUUCCCUUACUCUGUGGAUCGAUACUCGGAUGAGGAGAUUGUUCGAGAUGGCAUGGACGAGUGCUCGUCGGGGCUGGCCGUGCCUCCGCUCGGUCUGCACGCCUCGCUCUUCUACGUUCAAACCGCCGAAGGCGACGUUGACCUAAUGAGUCGUCAUGGCGGAUGUCCACCUCACGAGGGCACCAAGUGGGGAUCCAACUCCUUCAUGUGGGAUUCAGAUGCUGACGAGGCUGCUGAUCUGUGGACGACGAAGUAA